AUGUACCAAAACGUUCACAUUCUCCGCAUCCCUACUAACAUUUAUAGCCUCGCCAGUUGGAUAGUCUUGCUCAUGCCUCAAUUGAUUGAGCAAUGGAGAGUGAAGUCUGCCGAAGGUAUUGCUAUCGGCUUUAUCAGUAUCUGGUUUCUUGGUGACUUGUUCAACCUCAUUGGUGCCCUCUGGGCUGGAUUGCUUCCGGAGGUGAUCUUUCUUGCCGUGUGGUUUUGUAUUGCCGACUUUUUGAUGAUUGCCUCGUACUUGUACUACACCAACGUGUACCCAAAGCACCACAGGAAGAGUACUAGAGCUCACAGUAGCUCGUCCCAUGGUGCGGAGCAUGCACCUUUGUUGAGAAGAAGAUCCUCUGCACUCACCGACAUUGCAGUUGAACCUCAAGACUAUAGCGUAUUCACUAGAUUUGUAUUGCCUAUCGUAUUCGUUGUGGGUGCUGGAUGCAUGGGUUAUUUCUUUAGCGACAGCUCGGGGUCCGAGCACGACUCUCCUUCGUCGAAGAUUGAGUUGGGUCCUCAAAUCAUCGGGUACAUGUCCGCCAUUUUGUAUUUGGGAGCACGUAUUCCUCAGAUUAUCCAGAACCACCAGAGACGGUCUGUGGAGGGAUUGAGUUUGUUAUUCUUCAUGUUUUCGACUUUGGGAAAUCUCACCUACGCGGGCCAGAUUUUGUUUUACAGAAAUGACUCUCAAUAUGUCUUGUUGAACUUAAGCUGGUUGUUGGGUUCCUUGGGUACUAUUUUCGAGGACAGCAUCAUUUUCUUGCAGUUCUACAUGUAUAAGGAUCACCACGCUGUCGACGACUCCGCAUAA